CCCUAUACCUUAUUUUUGAUGCUUAAUUCAAAUCUGAAGUCAAAAUUUAAAAAUUCAAUAAAAAGCGGACGGACGGAAGGACGGAAGGACAUAUAGAAUUCAGAUACGUACUCCUUUCAGGAGUUCGUGAUAAAAUAAAAAUCAUCUAGUCAACAUCAACCAAAAAAAACAUUUAUACCUAGUAUAUCAUAAAUGCGGUUAUUAUUCACCCGAUCGGGACGGCUGAUGGCCAUCACUGGCCGGGUAUUAUGCGGGGCAGCCGUACCGCUAAUCAAGCAGAAAGUCGGUAGCAAUGAGUCUUUUACCGACAAUACCGUCGGCACUACAGUUACGGGUAGUAGCAGUCGCUGGAAAUAUGGCGGUCCAGAGGGUCUGAAAAGUGUCCAAAUAUUCAAAGUUGUGGACAACGGCGGCGCCGGCAGUAAAGACCCAAAACUAGUAGCCGAUUGGCCGGCUAUUGACAAGAUUUUUGCCGACAAUCCACAAGUGGCCGACAAACCGGUGAAAGUGUUGGUCAUAUGCGGUGCACCGCGAAUCGGCAAAUCAACGUUUGCCAGUCUAUUGUAUGAUAAUUGUGAACCCGUCUAUCAAACAACUAUUACAGAUAAUAAUAAUAAUUUAGAGGACGAAAAAAAAAGUUUAAGUCUAGGAAACAAACGUUUGGUAAAAAUAUUUGAAACAUCGGGUAAAACAUUUCAGGCCAAUACUAAAGGUGUUUGGAUAACACCGGUUCCCAUACCUGUUAGGGAACGACCCGAUAGUGAUAUACUAUACAAUGUGUUUAUUGUUGACGUCGAGGGUAUAUUGGGUCCCAAUUCCGAUCAAUUUAUUUAUCAACAGUUAUAUGUAUUAUCAUCGAUGAUGUCCUCGCAUUUCAUCUAUUAUCUCAGACAUCCAUUCAAUGAAUAUCACGAACAAGUACUAUAACUGUACACAACAUUAGCCCAA